GCAGUAUUCAACGUCUUUUUAUAAAGCAGUCCAAUAACUUUUUAUAAAGAGUUUUAAGUUUUAACCUCCAAGCUAUCAAACGAGCAUUUUCACGAAAUUAGAAUCUUAAAUCUUAAUCAUCGAGGUCGGUUGGAACUGGGAAGAAAGAAAUGAAGAAUAGUCCUUGAUUUUUCCCUUCCUCCGCCGUUAAGAGUGAUUUGCGCCCAUUUGUUUCAGCGUUCGCUACGGUUCUGCCGGUGUCUUCUCCAAUUUACUAGGCUCCAAGGUUCUUUUUAAAUAUAUGUUUAUUCAUGGAUCCUCAAUUGACUGGUUUUCCCGACUUAUUAAGCACAUUCGAGCAACAAGAUGACAUCUUGUUUUCUAGCACCUUCCAGCGAUCUCAAGAGUUGGACUCACCCGAAGAUCGUGAUGCUGAUCCUGUUUUCAAGUUCCUUAAUGAGAUACUGUUGGAGGAGAACAUUGAUGAGAAGCCGAGUAUGUUCCAUGAUCCAGUUGCUCUUGAAGCAGCUGAGAAAUACUUCUACGAAGCCCUUGAUCAGAACCCUCCUCCUUCCACUCAUGGAUCCCAUAUUAACCAUAACAAUACAGAAAGCUUAAAAAGCAUGUAUGACAUUUCCAGUGGGCCUCUUCAGCUGACUGUUGAUCCUGGACGAUGUAAAUCAUCUUUUGCAAUUCCUUCUCAUGAACCGUCUUUUCAUUCUUCUUUCCAGAACACAUCAUCUGAGAGUUCAAAUUUUUCUUUAAAUGACUAUAGGAGUAGUACGAAUAUCCAAGUGGACUCUAUGUUGAGUUCUAGCGAGCUUGGAAAUAUACUUAGUGAUACAGAAGCCAUACUACAGUUCAAGAAAGGCAUGGAGGAAGUGAGUCAAUUCCUCCCUGCUACUAAUCAAUUGGUCAUUGAUUUGGAUAACGACUUAUUGCCUCCAAAAACAGAUGAGAUGCCUAAUGAUACAUUCAUCAAGGUAGAGAAUACUAGUAUGGACAGUUCACUUAAUAAAUCUUUGAGAAGAAUGAACCAUCAGCAUCCUGAUCCUGAUAACAAUGAGUUUGAAGAAUUGAGGAGCAGCAAGCAAUCUGCAGUUUAUGUGGAAGAGGAGUUAUCAGAGAUGUUUGAUAAAGUAUUGCUGUUGGAUCCUAUUGAGUGUCGCAUGAAUAUUCUACCUCCAUCCGAAGUUGGCAACGACCAGCCACAUAAUGUGCUGAAGGGUGCAGGUCUUCAAGCUUUACCUGAAACAGUUGGAAAUAAAAAAAGGCGUCCAAAGAAGCAGCAGCAGGAAGGUACAACAAGUGAAGCUGUGGACUUAGGGACUCUUCUAAUUGGCUGUGCACAAUCGGUUGCUGCUGAUGAUCGCAAGUCUGCAUAUGAACAAUUAAGAGUGAUCUGGAAGCACUGCUCGCUCAAUGGUGAUGCAAAUCAGAGGCUGGCAUACAUACUGGCAAAUAGUCUUGAGGCUCGUUUGGCUGGAACGGGGACUCAGCUCUACACAUCCCGACCUCCUAAAAGGAUCACAGCUUUUGAGAAGUUGAAAGCAUAUCAGGUUUACAUGUCAGUUUGCCCGUUUAAGAAGAUUGCACUAGGCGUUGGAAAUAAAAUGAUUUAUAUGGUGUCAUUGGAAGCUACAGCACUACAUAUCAUAGAUUUUGGUAUUGAAUAUGGUUUCCAAUGGCCCGUCCUCAUCCAACAUCUUUCAAUCAGGCCUGGUGGGCCUCCUAAACUGCGCAUUACUGGAAUUGAUCUUCCUCAAUCAGGUUUUCGGCCUGCGGAAUUAAUAGAAGACACUGGGCGUCGUCUGGCGAAGUAUUGUGAGCGGUUUGGUGUGCCAUUUGAGUACAAUGCUAUAGCGAACCAGAAUUGGGAAACGAUGAAAGUUGAAGAUUUGAAGCUUGUUAGAGGCGAGAUGGUUGCUGUGAACUGCUCGUAUAGGUUAAAAUGCCUGCUUGAUGAAUCGGUUUUGGUGGACAGUCCCCGUGAUGCAGUUCUAAACCUAAUCCGCAAAUUGAACCCAAAUAUUUUUGUGCACUCUGUUUCAAAUGGGUCUUAUAGUUCUCCAUUCUUUGUUGCUCGGUUCCGAGAAGUUCUCUUCCACUACUCUUCCUUUUUUGAUUUUUUUGACAGCACAUUACCCCGUGACGAUCAGCAGAGGUUUCAUUUCGAGCAAGAGUUCUUUGGGCGUGAGGCUUUGAAUGUGAUUGCAUGUGAGGGGACAGAGAGGAUCGUGAGGCCUGAAACGUACAAGCAAUGGCAGGUGAGGACUGUGAGGGCUGGGUUCAAGCCUCUUGUACUGGACCCAGAUAUUAUGCUGAGGAUGGGAAAAAAGAUCAAGGCAGGGUACCACAAAGACUUUAUGUUGGAUAAGGAUGGUAAUUGGAUGUUGCAGGGUUGGAAGGGGCGGAUUCUGUAUGCUUGCUCGUUUUGGGAACCUUUGUAGAAAUAUGUGAACUAUGUCUCUUCCACGUAGCUACUUGUUAUACGAGGAGAUCUGGUUUAGUAGCUAUUUGUUAUUUGAGUGAACCUUUUUAUAUAUCAAAUUAAACAGGCCAACACUGGUUUUAUACCUGACCUGGAGUUGCUUUCGAUGGUAAUCGGAACAAUAGCUUGAUGAAAAGUCGGAUUUGGCCAUGAAUAUUUUGAUAGCUCAACUGACUUUUUUCAUGAUAGUAUGAUAUGUUUGAUUGAUGUACAAAUAGUCUAUGUUUGACUUUUUUCUGAAUUUUUAGUCACUUGGUAUUGAAUUUACUCGUGUGUGUUGAAUAGGAAGCCGAGGGCAUCAUCAGUGAAGAAGUGGUUAUAUAUGGUGUUUGAUACCAUUAAAAGCACAGUUUGAUCACUCCAUGUUAGAAAUGUAUUUACUGAUGCUAGCCUCUGAAUCUCGGUUUGAGCAACAACACAAUCUUCACUCCAUAAUCUUGAGCCUUAUUUCAAGAACCUGUUUUUAUUUUCUUCCUCCUAAAUAUAUGUAUGCUGAACUAGAACUUGAAUCUCAGUUUGUAAACCUUCUUUUGGUGCCAAAUUCAAAUAUUCUAUAGCUUAAGUCUCAUAAUUUAUCAGAAGUGUAUAAGUGAAUGCUUUCUCAAUAAACCUAUUGAUUUCUAACAUACAAAUUCUUCAUAUUAUCCUAUACCUUCAUAUUGACCUACUGGUGUGACUUUUUCCUUCUUUUACAGUAUCAUGUGUGUGAUAUCUUCUAGGAUCGAUUAUCUAUUUUAAGCAUAUUUUUAAACUUGUUUUAAUUAACAUUUUGAGGUUCACGUCUGGUUAAGCCUCCAGGCGUAUGCCUCAUGAGGCUAAGGCCAACAGCCUCAAGGUCCACUUUCGCAUUUCAUAAUGUUGCUCAUGCACAUUUUGACUAUGGAUGCUGCAGGUUCUUUUCACACCUAUGUUUAUUUAUGGAUCCUCAAUUGACUGGGUUGCCUGACUCUGUCAGCGCAUUCGAGCAGCAUGAUGAGUCCUUUUUUUCUAGCACCUUUCGGCAAUCACAAGAUAUUACUUACAAUUACUUGAACGACUCUUCAUCUGUUCUGGAUUUUGCGGAUGACCCUUUGAGUACACCCAGUCCCUACAAUGGCUAUUUCGCUUCUGCUGCAGAGUUGGAGUCACCAGAGAAUCAUGACUCUGAUCCUGUUUUUAAGUUCCUCAACCAGAUACUAUUGGAGGAGAAUAUCAAUGAGAAGCCGGGUAUGUUCCAUGAUCCAAUUGCUCUUGAAGCUGCUGAGAAAUACUUCUCUGAAGCCCUUGAUAAAAACCCUCCUCGUGAAUCCUACAUUAGCAAUAAAAACACAGAAAGCUCUGACAGCAUAUACGGCCAUUCCAGUGAACCACCCCAGUGGACUGUUGAAUCUCUACAAUCAUCUUUAUUUACUCCUCCAGAACCUUCUUUCCAAUCCUCUUCUCUGACCUUCUCUGAAAGUUCAAAUUCUUCUAAAAGUUUGUAUGGCAGUAGUCUGAAUGUCCAAGUGGGCUCUAGCGAGCUUGGAAAUAUCUUUAGUGAUACAGAAGCCAAACUGCAGUUCAAGAGAGGAAUGGAAGAAGCAGCCAAAUUCCUCCCCGCUACUAAUCAGUUUGUUGAUUUGGAUAAAUACUCCAUUCCUCCAAAAAGAGGUAGUAUGCCUAAUAAAACCAUCAUCAAGGACAAUUUACUUGAUCAUUCUUCUAGAAGAAAGAACCAUCACCAUCUUGAUAGCAAUGAGCUUGAAGAAGAGAGGAGCAGCAAACAACCUGCAGUUUAUGUGGAAGAGGAGUUAAUUGAGACGUUUGAUAAUGUUUUGCUUAAUGAUCCUAAUGACUGUUGCAUGAAUGUUGCUCCAAUUGGUAACAAACUGCCUCAAAACACGCUGAAUGGUGGGGGUGUACCACAUAAUGGUGGACCUGCUGGUAAAAGACAUGCAAAGAAGAAGCUGCAGGGAGAUACACCAGGUGACGCUGUAGACUUGAGGACUCUUCUAAUUGGCUGUGCACAAUUUGUCGCUGAUGAUCACCGUAAGUCUGCAAAUGAACAGUUGACACAGAUCCGGAAGCACAGUUCGCUUAACGGUGAUGCGAAUCAGAGGUUGGCAUAUGUAUUGGCAAAUGGUCUUGAGGCACGUUUGGCUGGCAUGGGGACUCAGCUCUAUACGUCCCGAGCCCCUAAAAGGUUCACAGCUGUUGAGAAGUUGAAAGCAUACCAGGUUUACAUGUCAGCCUGCCCGUUCAAGAAGGUGUCAAUUGGCUUCACAAAUAAAAUGAUUUACGUGACGUCAUUGGAAGCUAAAGCGCUACAUCUCAUUGAUUUUGGUAUUGAGUAUGGCUUCCAGUGGCCUGCUUUAAUUCAAUAUCUUUCAGUUCGGCCCGGUGGGCCUCCUAAUCUUCGCAUUACAGGAAUUGAUCUUCCUCAACCGGGUUUCCGGCCAGCGGAAUUGAUAGAAGAGACUGGACGACGCCUGGCAAAAUAUUGUGAGCGAUUUGGUGUGCCAUUUGAGUACAACACAAUAGCAAUUCGGAAUUGGGAGAAAAUUAAAGUUGAAGAUUUGAAGCUCGUGAGAGGUGAGAUGGUUGCUGUGAACUGCUCUUAUAGGUUACAAGACCUGCUUGAUGAAACGGUGAUUGUGGACAGUCCCCGUGAUGCAGUCCUAAACCUAAUCCGUAAACUGAACCCAAGUAUUUUUGUGCACACUGUUGGUAAUGGGUCUUAUAGCUCUCCAUUCUUUGUUAACCGGUUCCGAGAAGCUCUCUUCUAUUACUCUGCGUUCUUUGAUAUUUUUGAUAAUACAUUACCCCGUAACGAUGAACAGAGGUUUCUCUUUGAGCAAGAAUUCUAUGGGCUUGAGUCGUUGAAUGUGAUUGCAUGUGAGGGGGAAGAGAGGAUUGUGAGGCCUGAAACUUACAAGCAGUGGCAAGUGAGGACUAUAAGGGCUGGGUUCAAUCCUCUACCUCUGAACCCAGAGUUGAUGGUUAAGAUUGCAAAAAUGAAGGAAGGGUACCACAAAUACUUUAUGCUGGAUGAAGAUGGUAAUUGGAUGGUGCAGGGGUGGAAGGGGCGGAUUCUGUGUGCUAGUUCUUGCUGGGUACCUAGUUAGCGCUUCCUUGUGAACAACAGGCCAACUGGUGGUGGUGAUCAUGCUUCCAUUGCUUCUUGUCAUUUGAGUGUGAACCUUCUAUAUUCCACAUCAUCAGGCCUCCACUGGAUGGAUCGAUAUCUGUCAAUGGUACCAUUGAAUAAAGGCUUGAUAAAAACAUGAUAUGGUUGUUGUGAAUCCUUUGUUCCUUCAGCUAGCUUGUUUCAUAGAUAUGUUUGCAGUAAUUCAUCUAUUUACAGAGCCUCAUGUGUCUGCUGAAUUUGUAUUCUUUUCUAGUCAGUCGGUAUUGAAUUUACAUGUACUUUGUUUAAGAUCUUUUCUAGUCAGUCGGUAUUGAAUUAAUAAGAUACU